AACACUUGGAAUUGAACUGCGUUACCACUUCCGGUUAGACGAAAAGCGAUGAAUGUGGCGAAUGUGUCUUAAGUUGUUUGUAAAUGUAUCAUCUCAGAUGACAAUAUUGAAGGGCAAUGUCCGGUAAGCGCCACAGAAUGCCGUACGUUGCCAAGGUAACGCCACCCAAACUGAUGGUGAGUACUUGCCAUGCUAUGCUGCAGAAGACAGAUCAAGCUUCCAAUUCCAGCACCAGCAGUGCUGAUGGAGUCCUGCCGACAUACACAGCGCUGUCCUCCAAGAACCACUGUUGUAAACUGCUACUGGGCCUGCAGGAUCUACGAAACAAUGAAACUCUAUGUGAUUACUCCAUCCUGGCUGAAGGGGAGGUAAUCCGGGUCCACAAGGCUGUGAUGGCAGCAUGCAGUGAUUAUUUCCGUGUCAUGCUGUGCGGGGACAUGAAAGAAAGCAGAGAAGGGAGUGUGGAUUUGAAGGGCGUCACGGCAAAUGGAUUGCGAGUGGUCGUUGAGUUUGCGUACACUGGUCAGCUGGGACUGACGACGGAGAAUGUAGAGGAUGUUUUGUCAGCAGCGACACACCUCCAGGUUAGUGAUGCUGUAGAGCUAUGCAGCAAGUACCUGGAGACGGUCAUCACUGUGGAGAACUGUGUCGACAUUCUAAACCUGUCCGAACUGUACUCCCUCUCCUCUAUGCGUGUAAAAGCCCAGCAGUAUAUGCUGGAAAACUUUGAAAUUGUAGCAGAGUCAGAACAAUAUUUCAAACUGGCUCACCUUCAACUGGCAGCCAUGUUGGCAGAGAACUCCCUCCGAGUAGUCUCAGAAUAUUGUCUGUUUGAGUUGGUGCUGAUGUGGAUUAAGUACAAGCCGGAGGAGAGGGAGAAGUAUGUGGCAGACUUGAUGCAGAAUCUCAGACUACCAUUGCUUUCAGGAGAGGAGUUGGUGGAAAAAGUGAGUCGAGUGGAGCUGAUGAAAAAGAAUCCUGAAUGCAACGAGUUACUAACUCAGGCCAAGGACUACCAUAUUGUUGUCAGCAAACAGCCAUUGCUUCAGUCUAGUCGCACACAAGUCAGAUCAGAGAGGAAGAGUCUGGUUAUGUGCCAUGCCCAGAAUCUGGAAAGUUACAAUUUCAAGACUAAACGACAAGGAUUUCUUCGAGAUGCUACCAUACCUCUAUAUAACCCAUGUGUAGUUGUAGUGGACAAUUUCAUGUAUGCUUGUGGCGGGAAAUAUGACAGUACCGAGAACAACGAGAUUGCCACUGCCAGAUGUUUCAGAUAUGAUCCUCGUUUUGACUUCUGGUAUGAGCUCUCCUCCAUGAACGAAGCCAGGAAAGACUUUGUUGUGGUAGCAUACAAUGGCCACCUAUAUGCUAUUGCUGGGCAGGAUGAGAACAUGGUGAUGUGCACAGUGGAGUGUUUCUCUAUAGCAAACAAUGACUGGGAGAUGAGAGCUCUGCUAAGUCACUCAGUGUAUGGUCAUGCAGGGACUCUGUGUCAAGACAAACUCUACAUCUCAGGGGGACAGCGUUUCUCUGGCUGUUGUAACAAUCUAGCCUGCUACACACCUGCCAGCGACUCCUGGGAGGAGCGAGCGCCGAUGAUACACAGCCGCUGCAACCAUGUGAUGGUGGAGGUGAAGGACAAGCUGUACGUGAUUGGGGGCAACAUUGAAGACAGCUACGGAUUCCCUGUUCCAAUCAUUGCCAUCGAAAAGUACUGUCCAGUGGCCAAUCAGUGGUCACUGUGUGAGAGGACAGUCAACAUACGAGAGGCUGGGGCUAGCGUCCUCGACAACAAAGUGUACAUAGUUGGUGGGAUCAAUGGUGAACAUUAUUAUUCAGAUCUACUACAGCUGUACGAUCCCAUCCUAGAUGAGAUUACGUUGGUAGAGAAAUUCCCAACAAGGAUCUUUGGAAAAGCCUGCUCCAUUCUUACCCUGCCUCAGUACAUAUAACAAAAGCAAACAACAAAGUCAUGCUUGAUGUCCAUAUUCAUCUUAACUACACCGGGCCGGUGGGGUAGCCUUGUGGUUAAAGCGUUCGCUCGUCACGCCAAAGACCAGGAUUCGAUUCCCCACAUGGGCACAAUGUGUGAAGCCCAUUUGUGGUGUCCCCUUCCGUGAUAUUGCUGGAAUAUUGCAAAAAGCGGCGUAAAACCAAACUCACUCACUCUUAACCACACUACAUGAAGCAUCAUAGAAUCUCUGUCCUCUCCUCCGCCUACAGAUCUAGUAAUGGGAGGUGAGGCUGUGUGAUCUGAUCAUAGUGUUUUGGUCUUUGGAACCAGUACUUGAACAACCGAAAUGAUAAAAUCGCUUCAUCUAAUUCUAAUAUCCUCUCAGUUAUG